UUUCCCCCCAAUAAACGCAAAGAGGAAGGAGCAGCAACAGAAGAAAGAAAGCGAAGAAGAAGACACAGGCUCUAGCACCUAGCUUGGAAGGGUACGUUGAGGAAAUUUUCAGAGAUUUUUUUUUUUUUUUCCCCCGCAGCCUCAGUGCAUUGCCUCCCAUCGCUCUGGUAACGAGGACUGCAGGAUUGUCGGGGUUUUAGUGCUUCUCCUGACCUGCCAACAUGCCAGCCGCACUUACAGAUUCCAGUCAGAUAAUCUGUGAAGUCUGGGCGAGCAAUGUAGAGGACGAAAUGAGGAAGAUCCGACAGAUUAUCCAAAGCUACAAUUACAUUGCGAUGGACACAGAAUUCCCUGGAGUGGUAGUCCGACCGAUUGGCGAGUUUCGGAGCACAGUGGAUUACCAGUAUCAGCUGCUGAGGUGCAAUGUUGACCUCCUGAAGAUCAUCCAGCUCGGGCUCACGUUCAUGAAUGAGGACGGGGAUUAUCCUCCUGGCACAACAACGUGGCAGUUUAACUUCAAGUUUAACCUCACAGAAGACAUGUACUCACAGGACUCCAUAGACCUCCUUCAGAACUCUGGUCUCCAGUUUAAAAAGCAUGAAGAAGAGGGGAUCGACACGCUCUACUUUGCUGAGCUGCUCAUGACGUCGGGUCUGGUGCUGUGCGAAAACGUUAAGUGGCUUUCCUUCCACAGUGGGUAUGACUUUGGCUACCUGGUGAAGCUUCUGACAGAUGCACGGCUUCCCGAGGAGGAACAUGACUUCUUUCAGAUCCUCAACUUGUUUUUCCCAGCAAUCUAUGAUGUCAAGUACUUGAUGAAAAGCUGCAAGAACCUGAAGGGAGGGCUACAGGAAGUGGCAGACCAAUUGGAGCUGAAGAGAAUUGGACGGCAACAUCAGGCUGGAUCAGACUCGCUGCUCACAGGCAUGGCUUUCUUUAGGAUGAAGGAGCUGUUCUUCGAAGACAACAUCGACGAUGCAAAGUAUUGUGGGAGAUUGUACGGCCUGGGCUCGGGCUCCAGCCAACCCCAGAACACCAUCUCUAGCGCAGGCCAGGAGGAAACCAACAACAAGCACUGACUGAGCACUUGACCCUCCAAGUGGAACAUGCACUUGUUUUAAAACCCAGCCAGCAGACCCCCCCCACCCCCCUCAGAUUUCUCUCAACAAGACUUUACUAAAUACAUUUGUUUGAGCGUCCCCUCCUGAGUGACAUUGGCUCCUUCACGGGCUUUCUUUUUAGUCACCUUUUUAUGAGUAUAUGGCCAUAUAUUCAUAAGACUUUUUUAAAAAGCUUUUUUUUCUUUUUCCUCUCACAGCAUUAGUGACAACUUUCUUUACAGCAUGGGACCAGCUACUCGAUCAUACUGUGAUUUUUAGGCCAAACACUGGCAGGAAAGGUCAUAUUCUUCAGUCCAGACUAUUUUUUUUCCAUCAGCCGGACUCUCCUUGUUGCAGGGGUUUUUCUUUUUUUUUUAGGUAAUGCUGGAAGGGCCUGUAAAUUAAAAUGUAUAAUUUUGAUGCAAAUAAAUGUUUUAGCUCUUUUCCACUUUGAGAAACUUUUAACAGUGUGUCAGUACUUGGUUGGUUACUCACGUACUUCACUGGGCAAACUGCUGUCGUUCUGUAAAUUCACCUACCAAACCAAACUGUCCAUGGUCACUUGUACAGGUGUUGUGGUCACUUUUUUUUUUACAUUCAUUGUUUUAAACAGUUGUACAUUAAAUUGUUUUGUAUUUUCAAUGCAAA